CUUCAGAGCCCGCCUGCGGCUGCCUGCCUGCUCUCAUGCCAUCACAGCAACAAAGAACACGCUGAGCAGCGCACGGAGAGAGGCGCCCGGGCACCAGGCUCCACGAAGCCGAAAGACGGCGGGCGACCAUGGCUAGGAAGGGGGACGCCGCUGCCUCUCCUUACGGUGAACCAAGGAAAUUUGACCCAAAGUUCAGAGGACCUAUUCACAACAGGCAUUGUACAGACGUUCUCUGUUGUGUCAUCUUCGUUGUGGUCAUCCUGGGUUACAUUGCUUUAGGAAUUGUGGCUUGGGUACACGGUGACCCCAGAAAAGUAGCUUACCCAACUGACAGCUAUGGGCAGUUCUGUGGUCAAAAGGACACGCCUAAUGAGAACAAGACAAUUUUGUUUUACUUUAACAUUCUGAAAUGUGCCAGCCCUCUAGUGCUAAUAAACCUACAGUGCCCUACAACACAGCUUUGUGUCUCAAAGUGCCCAGACAGGUUUGCAACCUACAUAGACAUGCAAUCUUCCUACAGAUAUAACAAAAGUUAUUGGGAAUACUACAGACAGUUUUGCAAGCCUGGCUUUAGCAAGCCAUGGAAGUCUGUGGCCCAAGUUAUGCGUGAUGAAGAUUGUCCUUCCAUGAUCAUUCCAAGCCGGCCUUUUCUUAAGAGAUGUUUUCCUGAUUUUGCCACUAAAAAUGGAGUUCUGACUGUGGCCAAUCAGACUACUUUCAAAGAUGGAAGAGGAAAAACAAGGAACGUCACUGAUCUCAGGGAAGCUGCAAAUGGCAUCAAUAAUGUUCUUGAUGCAAGAUCAGUCGGGAUGAAAAUUUUUGAAGACUAUGCCAGUUCUUGGUAUUGGAUUUUAAUAGGCCUGUUCAUUGCAAUGGUUGUCAGCUUGCUCUUCCUUGUGCUUUUGAGAUUCAUAGCAGGUGUUCUCUUCUGGAUUUUCAUCUUUGGUGUGAUUGGGAUUAUAGGUUAUGGUAUAUGGCAUUGCUACUGGGAAUAUCAUCGCCUCCAUGGAAUACCUGGCUCUGAUCUUACUAUCUAUGACAUUGGAUUCCAGACGGACUUCAGGGUGUAUCUGCAACUGAGGCAAACAUGGUUAGCAUUUAUGAUACUACUUUGCAUAGUGGAAGUUGUCAUUAUACUAAUGUUAAUAUUUCUGAGAAAUCGAAUCCGAAUCGCCAUUGCACUUUUGAAAGAAGGUAGCAGAGCAAUUGGCUACAUCAUGUCUACAUUAUUCUACCCAAUCAUCACCUUCAUCCUUAUUGCAAUCUGCAUUUCUUACUGGGCAGUGACAGCUGUCUUUCUGGCUACAUCCGGAGAACCUGUGUACAAAGUCAUGGCUAAUCAAAGCCUGUGCAAGUAUGCAAAUCUGACCUGCUACCCAGAGACAUUCAACACAACCAAUGUAACCAAGCUGUGUCCAGGAGCCCAGUGUACUUUUGCUUUCUAUGGUGGAGAAAGCCUGUACCACAGAUACAUCUUAAUCUUUCAAAUCAGCAAUGUGUUUGUGUUCCUCUGGCUGGUGAACUUUGCUAUUGCAUUGGGUCAGUGUACUCUUGCUGGUGCCUUUGCCUCUUACUACUGGGCCUUUAGAAAACCUGCUGAUAUUCCAGCAUGCCCACUCUUUUCUUCAUUUGGACGAGCAAUACGAUAUCACACUGGUUCCCUAGCAUUUGGCUCUUUAAUUCUUGCAAUAGUCCAACUCAUUAGAGUAAUCCUGGAAUACCUGGAUCACAAACUCAAAGGCUCACAGAAUGUCUUUGCUAAGUUCCUCCUUUGCUGCCUCAAAUGCUGUUUCUGGUGCCUGGAAAAAUUCCUCAAAUUUAUCAACAGAAAUGCCUACAUCAUGAUUGCGAUAUAUGGUAAAAACUUCUGCACAUCAGCCAGGGAAGCUUUCUUUCUGCUCAUGAGAAACGUGGUGAGAGUUGCAGUGCUGGAUAAAGUGACAGACUUUUUACUAUUCCUGGGAAAAAUUCUUGUUGCUGGAGGUGUGGGUGUCCUAGCUUUCUUCUUCUUCACACACAGGAUACCAAUAUUCACACAAGAAGCACCAUCACUGAAUUACUAUUGGGUCCCACUCUUGACGGUCAUUAUAGGCUCUUACCUAGUUGCACAUGGUUUCUUCAGUGUCUAUGCAAUGUGUGUUGACACACUUUUCCUCUGCUUUUUGGAAGAUUUAGAAAGUCAUGAUGGCUCUGCUGAAAGACCUUAUUACAUGAGUAAAUCUCUGCUGAAGAUUCUGAACAAGCAGAACAUGCAAACCAAGAGACAAUAGGAAAUGCCCAGUGUCCUAAACCACGCAAUCAUGUUUCGUUUGAUGCAUUGUUUCUUCAAUACGGUAUUGAUUGUCAGCUAUCAUUUGCGCAUGUUUUAUACCAAAGCUAUUGUAGAUGUGAAGCCAUCAAAAGUUUGUAACGGCAUUGUGUGUGUGUGUGUGUGUGUGGUUUGUUUGUUUUUAAAUCCAACAACAAAAACCAUGGGAGCAUUUUUUUAUACUGAGGUUUUUAAAAUUAUUUUUAUUCUCUCUCUCCCUCCCCCGCCCAUUUUGCCUUUAAUUCUUGUGGCUUGGGUAUUUGGAAUGAAAGAUUGUUAAAAUGUCUGGCUGCUUUUUCUGUUGAUUUUUUUUUAAAAAAAAGAAAAUAUGUGAAAAUAUGUUUUACUGUUGCGGAUUUUGCUCUGCGCGAGUGAAGAGAUUUUAGAAAAGUUAAGUUUUCUUAAAAAAUGAAAAGGUCCUUUUCCAUUUAGGUGGUCACAGAAUACGUCAAUGUCUCUUGGUUGCAUUUAGAGCCUUGCCAGUCUCCUAGCCUGUACAGCUGUGUGCUCUAUGACAAAGUGCCUUACUGGCUAAUAAUAUUAACUAGCUUAUGUUUUGAAGUUUACAAGCGCCAUUUGAAACACAAAGCUACUAACUGCUUGACGAAAUAAACAAAACUGUCUUUCAGCUUACUUGAAAUGUAUUGAUACGAAUCUGUUCCUUUGCCCCUCUGUGAAAUAUUUGCAGUAUCUACAUUUUCCUGCUAUCAUCUCCAAAAAAUAAAACAGUAGAGUGUGGUAUUUUUUAGAGAAUUGCUUAGGGACUUUUGGGUUUCUAAUGCUUAGCUUUAUCUGUGUUGAAUGUAUGCUGCAAGAAACCUUUAAGCAAGGCCUAGCUUACAAAACUCUCUGUUUAGAGGAACUAUCCAUGUAUAUGUUUGGUGCAUGGGACCCUGAUGCACUGGUUCCAUGCAUCCAUUCCUCAUACUCAGCCUGUGCUAUGCUAACCUUCAGCUUCAACAGGUGAUGUGGUCCCCAUGUAGGAAACAUAUGCAAAAUUUUGAACAAUGUGGUACCCCCUCCCCCAGAACUUCCCACUCUCCCAGUUUAAAGAUGUUUGAGAAUAGGGUUACCAGCUGUCCUUUGUACCUGUGCCUUUUUAACAGUAGCCUGGCUGUGGCUUGUUGGAAUGAUCAGAUGAUAAUUUCUCUCUCUCCAUACUAUUAAAUGCUUCAGCGGUUACCAUAAUUCCUGCAUAUUGAGCUGCUGUUAAAAACACAACUCCAGAGAUUACCUGAAAAGCUGCCAAACUCUGACGCGGUUGCUACCCUAAGCACCUGAUGUAGGUUUACAUAUUCCUGGAGUUAAUGGGGAAUUAACUUUUUUUUUCUUCUUCUUGCUGGCCUUGUGUUUGCAGAAUAUUUCUUUCCCGAUUCCAGCGGUGGUGAAAUAACCACUCUGCAGUUUCCACAGUUAACAUUAUGCUGUCAGUGGCAUAAGUCCUGACAGAGCUGCUUCUUUAAACAGAUGUGGUAUGUAUGUCCCUUUGGGCAUUGAAAUGCCUCCCCCCCGUCACAAUAAUAGCUACAGCUAAUAACAACUGUAGCAUAUAAGCCCUCCUAACAGGAGAUAAUAGUGGCAUGCCAACCAUAGCUAUGGUGCAAAAAGUGCUUAUGUAUCUUAGGCCCAAAGGAGAGAGAGUAGACAACUUAUGGUGUAAAUACUGAAAUUCAUUGUCCAAAUUAGUUUCCACUUCCGUAACACCCUAUACUAUUUGUUCAACAGUAAAGGAGGGGAGGACUGCAGCUUCACAACACUCCAAUCUUAAAUGCAUUUGCUUGUCUGUAAGUUCUGUUGAUUUCAAGUAAGUGUGUCUACAAUCAGAGAGUUUAAAAUACUGGACCAGAUAUAAAAUUGGCUUUAUUAAAGUAAGAGAUAUGGGACCAGGAUUUAAUUUUUAGAGCUUUUCUUACAGGGACUUGCACCUUCAUAGAAGGUGGUUAGCUAGUUAGGGCUGUACCACACACCUGUUUCAAUUCUUUAAAGAACUACACCCCUACUAUUUAAAUUAGAAGAAAUGGGAACAAAAAGAUGCAUACUACACUUGUGUAAAGUGUUUAUUGCUUUGUUGACUAGUGUGAAAUGCUUUGUUUUUAGGCUCUUGCUAAAAUGUUAUUUUAUAAAAACGACUCUUAAUUUUAUAACUUUUGAUACCGAAUUAUUGCUUCCCUUGUAAAAUGUUGGUAAUUUGCACUUCACAGUAUUAAAACUUAAGAACAUAAUGGCUUCUUCAGUCUUUGAAAUGUAUGGCUAAUAGUACUAAUAUUGAUCAUUCAUGCAGUCUGUUUGU